GUCGGAUAAUUUGCAGGCCCAAGUGCCCAACUAUAAGUGGUGCUGUUGCUACUGUGUUCAUAAACGGUGGCCAUACAAAUCCCACUAUUGCACAGAAUCCCCGACGACGAAGAAGAAGCUACAGCUAACAGAUACAACCGAGAAUCCGUGAGCGAGGUAAUGGAGACCCUACUGGAGCACCGAAUCUCCGCCGCAGCUCCCCUCGUCUUCAUCAUCGUCGUCGCUUUCCAGUUUCUCUCUAGAUGGCUCGAACAGUUAAAGAAGAAAGGACCAAAGACUGCUGCGGGGACUCGGUUGCGGAAAGAGAUCAAGGAGCUUCUGAACGAGGCAAGCUCCUUGUCACAGCCAUCGACAUUUGCACAAGCUGCUAAACUGAGGAGGAUGGCGACUGCUAAGGAGAAAGAACUUGCAAAUCAUCAAGAGUUACAUGGCAAGGAGAUAAAAUGUUCAUAUGAAUUAUAUCUGAGAGUUUUGUUCAUCUUUAAGGUCUUGACAUAUUUUGUGCUGGUUUGCUGGUUUUGGAGGGUUCCAGUUGCCUACAUAUCACAACAGCUUGUUCAGCCCUUUGGCAAGGUGCUAUCAUGGAGGGCUGGAGGAGCAUUAAGUGGAAAUCUUAUGGUGGGAAUUAUUCCUUGGUUGAUAUUGUCUACCCGGGUUAGCAAAUUUGUUUGUCGACUCUUCAACUUGUGAAAUUUAGAUGAUUCUGUUUUGUUAAGUUGUUUUUUUAUAAUGGUAACAUCAUUUUGUUGUAUUAGUUUUCAGAAGGUUUAUAGAAGC